GGCAGCUUCACAGAAAAAUAGUUUUACAGAGAACACAGGUCAAGCAGAGCUUCCCCCAGACGGACAGUAACGACGAAUAAAACAGGAAGUGGCACGAAAAGAAAACAAAUGGAGCAAAUAGGGAAAAUCAGAGAAAAGAUCAGAGUAACCAAACAGUGACCGGUUCAUCGGAAACCGUCAGGUGUGGAAGGCGCGCCUUGUCUGAAAAACCGAUCUGACUUUGUCUUGGUGGCUUCAUCAGGAUCUGGUCUCAUUUGGUUAAAGUCACGUGACGUCAGCUGUUGCACUAAAAUAAGCCCUUCAGACGAUUGGCUGGAUGACUGACACACACAACCAUCUACGGUAUUGUGUGUCUGUGUGUGCGUGCUUCAUUCACAGCAGCGAUCGGAGGAAGAAACAACCAAAACUAAAGUGAAGGAACCGGCCAGGCAGCAGGCGGGCCUCAUGUCGGUCUCUCAGAUCACCCCCACCCUGUUCCUGGGCGGGGCCGACGCUCCGCUCAACGCCGCGCUGGUGUCUCAGAAAGGCAUCACCCUGAUCGUCAACGCCACGCUGAGUCACGCCUGCCCCGCCUACCCGGGGGUGGAGUGUGUGCGCGUCGCCGUCUCCGACCUACCCAGCGCCCGCCUCGGAGACCACUUCGACCGGGUGGCGGAGCGUAUCCACGGAAACCGAGCAGGGGGCACGCUGGUGCACUGCGCUGCCGGUAUGAGCCGGUCUCCGGCGCUGGUGAUGGCCUACCUGAUGCGCUACAGGGGGGUGACGCUACGCCAGGCGCACCGCUGGGUGCGGGACAGCCGGCCCCACGUCAGGCUGAACGUCGGCUUCUGGGACCAGCUGCUGCAGUACGAGAGGCGGCUGUACGGCAAAAACACCGUCAGGGUGGCAGCAGUUGACGAGACGUCAGCCCCACCCUCCCCGCUGAUGGCGAGGGCAACGGCACCGCGGCGGCAGAAGAACCGGUCAACGCUGGCCCCCAGGUCCCCCCCGUUGACCCGAACAUCACUGACGACGGGGUCACACGGGACGACGCGGGCUCCGGUGAUGACGCAAGUAAACAAGUCAAGAAGAGGAACCAAAUCCAGCAGCGCCAAAGUCGGAACCUUGAGCCCCCGCCUCUCCCACUCAAACCACAAAUAGACCGGAAAUAAAAACACGUCUUUCUUCAGGUUCUCAACUCGCUGCCUACAUUACCCACAAUGCAACUCCAACACUGACAGUUGGGAGGCAGACUCGGGCGUGCGACCCCCCCCCCCCCGAACUCCACAGUCUCUCUCUAAAGGUGUGUGACGCUUCAGCAUUCAAAGACAAACCGAACCCCGAGCGUCUUCUCAUCACUGAGCUCGACUGGUUUAACGUCUCACCUGGCCACAGUCCUGUACAGGUGUCCUGCAGGACCUGCUGACAUCACUACUGGGCAGCGCCCUGACUUUCAGUCUGCUGUUAAACUGCUGCUGAAACCUCCCGCCGAGCCGGUUUCCUUCCCUGAAUUCGUUCGAUUCACCUGCAGGGAGCAGAAAACCUGCGCAAACCUGCCGGAUCAGGCUCGACUGCGGUGAACUCCGACCAACCGUCUGACCAGAGCUGCUGAAGCUGGAGGGAACACCAAGUCCAGGACAGAGGUGGAGACCGUCCAGGUUGAUAUAGCCGCAGCAGAGACGCCGUGUGCUGACGGUUCUGAGGCCGGAGUUGAUGCUACAGAUACACCUGAAUAAACUGCCUGAACCUACUGGCACCUGUGGACUGGCCCCGAGAGAAGCCGCCGUAUUAACACAAGGACGCUCGGAUGGACUGAGACACCCUGUGGCGAGACCGGGGCCUGACGUGGCAGAGAGAGGACGGAUUUUUGUCAACACUUCAGCUUGUGGGUCCACAAUUUCUCCUUUUUUCCAGACAGAACGGUUUGUUGCUCAGGACACUGAACAUCUGGGACUUUGCUGGUUUCUACAAAACAUCAGGGGCUCCUGAGGUUUAUUUUACCGCGAUGAAGUGUUUGCUGGUUUUUAAUUUCGGUUGAUCUGAGAACAGACCAAGACGAACUGGUUUAGAACCAGGUUCUGGUUUCACAAAGACGGACUCUGACUCUAAACAAAGCUGUUCGGUUCUUCGUCAGGACUUCUUCUUUAGCCAGGUGGUUCACUGUGUGAAGGAGAUGUCCCCAGUCUUAAUGUGGGCCACACCGGUUUUAGAAAUGGAUGCAGAUUCAGACUAGAACCAGUAAACGAAGAUAAAUUGAGUAAAAAACAUGGUAGACCGAGCGAAGCUGCCUGCAACAGAUAAUUUGUCCCGUUCACUAAAUUUAGGAGAUCGUUUUUCUGAUGAAGCUCAAGCAGUGGACUGAGGUUUUAGACAGAAACGUUUCAGUUCCAGUUUUGUCUGCAGCUCUCUAUCGGCGCGUUCAGACUUUAGAUGGUAAAUUUUGGAGCCGAUGCAUUUUUCUCUAAAACCAAAGACACGUCGGUGUGAUCUGAAAAUGUUCCGCAUUGAACGAGCAGACAAUAACGACGGGAGAGGGGCCCGGAGGAGAAGAACCCAAAGUACCGCAGGGUCUGCGGAGUUCACGCAUCUGUGGAAAAGACACAGGCCGCGCAAAAAAUUGGUCAAACUCGCACAAAUGGCGAGAUUUGCUUUGCGUUAAAUCGGAACAAACCGCAGCCUCAGCUUCCUUCAGACCGACUGUCAGCAGGUCUUUAUGAAACCAGCUCCGGGUUUGUGGAUGGAAAUCAGCAGCAGUGACUGUCAUCAUUUGUCCAUUCAGUGUGUGUGUGGUGUGUUUUCCAGACAAUGAUGGAAUCUAGCAGGAGUGUGUAUUCUGCAGCGAGACCGUGUCCCCACGAAGCCGUCGCAACACCUACACACCGAGACGCUACCGCGCUAAACGUCAGGGCACAGCCAGGGAGGAACCGAAACGCGGACACGCGGAGGCAGGUUGACGCAGAAAAGACACUUUAAUGAAGAGGGAGUGAGCUGGUUGUAGGGAGGAUGUGUAGAUGGACCGGUUGGUGAGUUGACAGACAAACAGCGAGAUAUUAAACACGAGGGACAGGAGGGAUCAUACACAGGCAAACCGGCAACGAGCUGGAGACGGGUAGGUUGGUUAGUGGGAGGGGAAGCUGUGUUUACACGGGAUGAACGGGCGAGUAAGCGGUGCGGGGGAAAAAGUCUGGGGUUGUCUGGUGGGAGGAUGGAAAAUGGCAGGUAAUCAGAAAGGCAGGAAGUGAAACAACAGACGCACAAGGAAAGUGACUCCAAAAUACAACAGGGUCCAGUCAUAAAGUCAGUCAGAAGGGAAGAUCAUGACACUGAGACGCUUUAACGUUUAAACGCUGAGACGCUUUAACAUUUAAAUGCUAAGACGCUUUAACUUUAGACGCUGAGACGCUUUAACGUUUAAACGCUGAGACGCUUUAACAUUUACACGCUGAGACGCUUUAACGUUUAAACGCUGAGACGCUUUAACGUUUAAACGCUGAGACGCUUUAACUUUAGACGCUGAGACGCUUUAACGUUUACACGCUGGGACGCUUUAACUUUAGAUGCUUUAACGUCUAGACGCUGGGACGCUUUAACAUUUUCACGCUGAGACGC